AUGUCUCCUUCAACUCUCCCUCCCAACAGUAACAACGGAGAGACCACGGCGAGAUCUCAACCACCACCAUUCAUCACUCCACAAUCCACACAUUCACAUACACCACGAUCUGAUGUUGAUUCUUCUUCUGCAACAACAAGGCAUUACAGAUCUGUUUCUAAUUUUUCAACCACUUCCUUCAUUCCGGCGUUUGAUAGUGCAAAGCCUAAACUCGUGGAAUUCACCACGAAUGCUCACGGAGGACAAAACAUUUCAUCUUUCCUCUCCAAAAUAUUUAAUAAUCCUCAAAACAAUCCAAACAACACUUCAUCAUCAGCCACAUUGAAUCAUGUGGUUUCCAAUAAUUUAUCAUCGUCUGACAAUAAUUAUUUCUUUUAUGAAAAUCCAUCCAAUCAAUCUCUGUAUUUAUAUGUUAGUAGCAACCCGUUAAAGUUGAGUGAUGAAGUUCCUAUAAAAAAGUCGAAAAAGAAGACUUCUUCUUCGUUCAUCAAGUCCAUGACCAAUUCCGAAAUUUUAGAGGAGUACAAGACAGCAAAUAAUUUCAAUAAUAACAACAUCACAAAUUUUGAUAAACAAAUUCCACACCAACAAUUACUCAAGUCAAGUCCUAAUAUUACUACUACAAAUAAUCAUGAAGAACAAUUACCGUCAACAAGAGUAACCUUUGAUACUCCUCCCAUUGAUUCUCUAAAUCAUUCUAAAAAUCAUUCAUAUCUUGAAAACCCACAAUUGAAACAUUUGGAUCUAAAGAAUAUUGAUAGUAUCAUUAGCACAAAAAAACGAUCAAUGUCUAUCUCAAAAGACAAUUCUGGUCUAGUCGAAAGCGAAAAUGGUGGUUCAUCCUAUGUUGGAUUUUCUCUUGUGAACAAGAAAGAACUUCUAAAAAUGGAAAAUAGGGUUGAUCUACAAGGAAGACAUAACACAGCACAAGAUUCAUGGAUGAACAGAUCCAAAUCUCAUCCUGAGCUAUUUACAAUUCCAGAGACAACAGAAAAUCCUGAACCAUCUCCAUUGAUAAUUCCAAUCGUUAAACAAGAUAAGGUGACAAGUACUCCAAUAGAUUCACCAAGAAAACAGAAUUUGCCAAACCAAUACACUCAACAAUCAAAUUUCGAAAACAAUUCUCAAUCACCCUCAAUUCCAACUCAACCUUCAUCCAAUAACAACACACCAAAUACUCCUUAUACGCAACCUUAUUACAAUUGUAGUAGCGGUGGUACUCCUGAGAUGAGUCAUCAUGCUGGUCGUGAAAAAGGGCUUCGAAAUUUCAUUGCCAACACGCUUCAGAGAAAGUCAAGUGGAAGACAGUUUUGGAUGCCAGAUGAUCGUGUCACUAAUUGUUAUGAAUGUUUAACUCCUUUUAGUGUUUUUAAAAGAAAACAUCAUUGUAGAAUUUGUGGACAAAUAUUUUGUUGGAAAUGCUCUGAUUACUUUAUUGAUGGUAAAAAAUGGGGAUAUACUGGAAAAAUGAGAGUGUGUAAUUAUUGUAAUAAUUUGGUGGGCCAGUCACAAAAUCUCUCUCAAAUAUUGGGUGGUGGAGGAGGAACCUCAAACACUCAAUCCACUGCUGCUGCUUCUGCUGCUAUCAGUAGUUUCUCUUCAACAUCAACUGCAUUGAACACGAGCACUCAAGCCAAUAAUCUAUCAAAUUCUACACCUACUCCACCCAUAACAAAUUCCACAGGUCAGUUAGGAUCACUCACAACUACUGCAUCCCCAUCUGGUGGCGCUAUGGCUCCACACAAAUCUUUUACAUCCUUCUUUUCAAGCAUUGAUGAAUUUGGUUCAAAAGGUAUUGCUGAAGAUCUUGAAGCUGAUCUAGAUGACGAUUAUCAGGAAAAUCAUGAUAAAGUGCCCAAAGGUGAGAAUGGUAAUACAUCUCCAAAUGAUGCUUCCAGUAGUGAUGAUGAUGAAGAGGAAAACAAUGAUUCCAUACGGAUGAGAAUUAAUACCAAUUCACUCAAUCCAACUACGAUCUUUGACGACUCACUCUUGAUGAGUAAUAAUGAUUUUGCAAUUGCAGCAGCAAGUGAAGAAACAGACAAUCAUCCCAACAGUGGAAUGGAUGGAACAGUACCUUUUAAAAUUAUUUCAGGAGAAGAAUUUGAGCAAGGUUUUGAUGAACAUUUGAAUUCUCUUGAAGAAGUCUCUCAAAAACACCUUAAGGCGAUUGUUUCUCAAUUAAUCCAAAGAGAAAAUGCCAUGUGGUUAUCAUCUACUACUGAUUCUUCAAUCGAUACCGUCAAUGGCACUACCGUUUCUCCAUCUCUUACAACACCUCCACCACCAAUUGAUCCCAAAUGGGAAGAAGUCAUUGUAGGAUUAGCCCUCAGAACUGUGAACUCUUUAAAUCCUAAUACUUUGAGAGGAGAUAAAAUGGAUAUUAGACACUAUUUGAAAGUGAAGAAAGUGUUAGGAAGUAACAUGUCAAAAUCUGAAUAUGUUGAUGGAGGUGUCGUAUUUUCAAAGAAUGUAGUUCACAAACGUAUGAAAACAAAUUUGAAAAAUCCAAAAAUCUUAAUUCUUAGUUGUCCCAUUGCGUAUCAAUACCACAAAGCAGAAACUCAAAGUAUGACUUCUAUGGAUAUUCUCAUUAGUCAAGAAGAAGAAUUUUUGAAACUUUUGGUUGAAAAGAUUGCAGAAAAGAAACCUGAUUUAGUUUUUGUUGAAAAAUCAGUGAGUCGAUUUGCAAAAGAAUUACUACUAUCCAAAGGCAUUUCCGUGGUUGUAAAUGUGAAACGCAAAGUCUUGGAAAGAAUUUCACGAUGUACAGGAUAUCCAAUUUUGUCCUCUAUUGAUGAAUAUGAUCAAUCCAUUCUCCACAUGAACCUAAAUCAAACACCACCACCUCAAUGCACUCAUGCCUACAUGAAACGCAUUGGAGAUAAGAAUUUAUUUAUUGUUUGUGGUAAAUAUUCAGAUGCUCAAAGCACCGUUGUUUUAAGAGGAGAGAAUGAAAAAGAGCUCGAAUUAGUGAAACCCAUUUUCAAAUUUGCUGUUUAUGUGGCGUAUAACUUGAAAUUAGAAACAGAAUUCUUCUUUGAUGAGUGUGGAACUUUGAGAAUUGAUCAUGCGCCCUAUAUCACCAAUUCGCCAUAUAUUUUGUCUGCCUCUCCCAAUGUCAAAUUUUCAUUGAAAUUAGAAGAUUUGGACCUUGCCAAACUUGGAAUUGUAAAUCCCACUCGAGAGAAACUACAACAUUCGAGAUACAAUUACUCGGAAUCAACAAUGCCGUUGUCGUCUGCAUACGAUGUUCAUGAACAACAACAUGGAGACUCACAAGUCAAUGUGGAAGAUCACUACACAGAAACGGAAUUGGCCAUCUUUGGAGACAUCUUAACACCCUAUGUUCAUCAGAACAUAAUUGUGCUCUUCACAAAACAUCCAAAAGUAGAUCCCAAAUUACUUCUCUCUUCAUCCUCUCUCAUCACUGAAACUCAAUCAUUAGCAAAUCCAGAAACAGUAGUCAUUGCAUAUUACACAGACAAUGACAUGCCUUUGGGUAAAUUCUUGGAAUUGAAAUGUUUCAAUCCCAACAAUAUUUUGAAUUAUAUGAACACAACUCGAAUGUAUACACAUGGAGAUGGAAAGAUUAUUCUCACUGUUGAAAAAUCUCCACAAAUUAUUUCAUCAAGUGAUGAAGGUAUUGCCAUGUGGAAUUAUUGCAAAGUGUGUGAAAGAUAUGUUACUCCAGUCAUUCCCAUGUCUGAAAGUGCGUACAAGUAUUCAUUUGGAAAAUUCUUAGAAAGCACCUUUUAUAAUAGUACUCUCAGAUGCAGAACAGGAGGAUGCAAUCAUAGCGUACAUCAUGAUCAUAUUAGAUACUUUGCAUAUAAUGAUAUUAUUGCAAAAUUCGAGUACAAACCUGUUAAAAUAUAUGAUAUUGUAUUUCCAGGAAAUAGAGCGGUUUAUGAUGAAAAGUAUCAAGCGUCUCAAUUUAACAUUAUGGUUCAAAAUGUUGAAGAUGCAUGUAAUAUUCUUUUUGCAGAUUUUAUGCAACUCGUUUUUGAAAUUGAAAGCAACUUUUCAUUGUUAAGUGAAGAACAAAUCGAGCAAUUUCAUGAAAUUGGAGAACAGAUCAAAAAUCAACAAAUUGUUUUGUGGUCCUCUCUGAGCACUAUUAAGCAAAAGCAAAACAUUUAUACUCUCAACGAUUUUAUUAGAAAUGUUUACAUUUCAACGAUCAGUUGGAAUGAUAUGAUCAUUGAAUUAUUUGCCAAAUUUGGAAUUCUAAAAGCUCCAUCCUCAAAUACGAGUGGUGUUGCUAGUGCAAAUUCAAUGUCGUCCGUCUCAGCAUCAACCACGACAAUGAAUUCAAUGAAAACAGCCAUGACAAAACCAAAACCUGUUGUGAAGGAUAGUCUGUUACAACAUUCUGAAAGUUCAUCUGCAACCCAUGGUAGUCAUAACCACUCGGGUCAUCUCUCCUCUUCUAUUGUCACAUCUCCUCGAUAUAUUAGUGUGGAAUUUAUUAUUAAUGAUUCAGUUCAACAAGACAACAACACCAAACCACUCAUUCAGGUCAUUCUCAAACGAAACACUUUCCUAACUUCCAUCACUCUUUCUUCCAUGAGUUCUAAUAGUGACAGUGAAUCCACUAUAACUGCAACAACGCCAUCCACUUUGCUACCGAUGGAACCCUUGAGUUUAGAUGGCAUCGAUCCGACACUAAGAAACAAUAUGGAGAAUCAUUCCUCACUCACAGAAUUCAACCACCACCAACACCAUAAGAGCAAUACUCUACUUUGUGUCAACACAGGCAACAACACGAGUGGUACGACUGGAAUCACCACCACCAACACCUCCAACAACACUUCAUCCGAUGAUACAUCUCCUCUACCUUCCUCAAGUCGAUCACAAAAAGGUUUUAGUUUCUUACCAUUUAGAAAUCAAAACAAACAAUCCACUAUUUUUGAUCAACUUCAAUUGAAACCAGUGAAACUUCCAGCGAUCAUUGAUGGAAUUUCAGCUCACUUGUUUUUACCAUCUGGAAGUACAAAUGCAAAUGUUAUUGUAUACAAUGAUGAACCAUCCACUAUUAUCGCAUACACUCUGAGUUCAACAGAUUAUGACAAGGUCAUUCGUUCCAAUUCAGAGCAUGAAGAUAUUGAAAUAGUUUUGAAAUCAAAAGAAAAGAAUCAUUACAAAUUUUCAUUCUCAGAUACUUCAAAUUCAAACUCUGGAAAUAAGGUGACUCUCCUUAAUGGUGAAAUUCCAUUCAACAAUUCAUCUACAUCCAUGUCGAAUCGAUCAAAGAAUAAGACGAAAUUCAGCUGUACUUGCUUCUUUGCUAAACAAUUUCUUGCUUUAAGAAAAGCAUAUUGUGGUGGUGAUGAUUCGUUUAUUCAUUCUCUUGUGCGUUGUGUGAAAUGGAAUACAACAGGAGGUAAAUCAGGUUCAUCAUUUACAAAGACAUGGGAUUCCAAGUAUGUUCUCAAGGAGGUGAACUCUCGUGUUGAAUUAUUGAGCUUUUUAGAAAUUGGACAUGCUUAUUUUGAAUAUAUCGCAAGCUCACUUUUCCAAGAAUUACCAAGUGUUUUGUGUAAAAUUUUGGGAGUGUUUAGAUUGAGUUAUUAUGAAAAGGGAAAAUCUGUGAAAAAGGAUAUCAUUGUUAUGGAUAAUCUGUUUUAUAAUCGAGUUAUAUCUAGAACUUUUGAUUUAAAGGGAUCUAUUAGGAAUAGAUAUCAAAAGACAGAAGGCGCAGUGUUGAUGGAUGAAAACUUAUUGGAAUUUAUUUAUAAUGGAUCUCCACUGAUUACAAGAGAGUCAUUUAAAUCUUUACUCACUUUGAGUGUAUUCAAUGACACUCUGUUCUUGAGCAAACAUAACAUUAUGGACUACAGUUUGUUAGUGGGUAUUGAUGAAGACAAUGGAGAAUUAAUUGUUGGAAUUAUUGACUAUGUGAGACAAUAUACAUGGGACAAACAAUUAGAAACUUGGGUAAAGUCUGCAGGAAUUAUUAGUAACAAAUCUAAAGUCCCCACAGUCAUUUCUCCAAAACAUUACAAAACAAGAUUUAGAGAAGCCAUGCAAAGAUACAUUAUUUCAACAUGUAGCAAAUUAACAGGUUUAAUUAAUUGA